CCGCCCGCCUGCGUACAGUGGAGACGCGCAGCCCACCCCGCCGCCCCGCCGCGGUCGCUGGGGCCCACCAACUUUCUGGGGUUGGAUCGUGGCACUUGCCAUCUCAAUCUCUCCUCUCUUAAGCGCCGCCCCUUCCUCGCCAUCCUCAGACACCCACUCCUCGUCUAUACCCACGACCGGCUCGCUCAUCGCUCACCACUGUAUCUCUACCCCUUCCCCUCCCUCCCCCUCUACCCCCCCAUCACCACAUAAUCGAAAUGGCUCCCGUGGAGAAGGGCUUCAGCUGGUCCAACAUCGCUGUUGGUGCCACCAUGAACAUGUUCGAGGUCACUACCCUCGGACAGCCUCUCGAGGUGCUCAAGACCCAGAUGGCCGCAAACCGGAAGCAGUCGAUGGCCGACGCGUUUAGGACGGUUUGGAGCCGCGGCGGCAUCAAGGGCUUCUACCAGGGCCUCAUUCCUUGGGCCUGGAUCGAGGCGUCCACCAAGGGCGCUGUGCUCAUGUUCACGUCGUCCGAGAUUGAGAAGUGGGCCGGCAAGACUGGCUUCUCCCCCGCUGCUGGCGGCAUGAUCGGCGGUGUCGGCGGUGGUGUUGCCCAGGCUUACGCGACUAUGGGCUUCUGCACCUGCAUGAAGACCGUCGAGAUCACGCGCCACAAGCAGAUGGAGGGCGGUGCUAAGCCUGCGUCGACCUUCAAGGUCUUCAUGGACAUCUACCGUCGCGAGGGUAUUGCUGGCAUCAACAAGGGUGUCAACGCCGUCGCCGUGCGUCAGGCCACCAACUGGGGCUCGCGCUUCGGCUUUGCCCGUCUCGCCGAGACCGGUAUCCGCAAGUACAAGGGCCUUGGCGAGAACGACAAGCUCACUGCCGGUGACAAGAUCAUCUCGUCGACCGUCGGCGGUGCGCUCGGCACAUGGAACCAGCCUAUCGAGGUCGUGCGUGUUGAGAUGCAGAGCGCGAUCAAGAGCACCGACCCCAACCGCCCCGCCAAGAAGACGAUCAUGAACACGCUCAAGUACAUCUACGAGCAGAACGGCAUCAAGGGCCUGUACCGCGGCGUGUCGCCGCGUAUUGGUCUCGGCAUCUGGCAGACCAUCUGCAUGGUUUCGUUCGCCGACUACGUCAAGGCCGCCAUCGCGGGCAAGAAGUAACCGGAUCAAACAUGGAUUUUGGAGUUUUGUCCUAGAUGCGCAUACAUAGACC